UCAGCUGUGUGAUCGUCCCACAUGUGUGACAGCAGGGAUGGACCAGAGGAGAUGCCUCUUGUUUGCUGUGGCACUGCUUACAGCCAUCCCUCUCUCAGAAAAUUUUGAGGUCACCUCUCCCAAGAAUGUAAUGGGAAUUGUUGGCCAGGACACAAUCCUUCCGUGCCACAUCUCUUCCACAAAGCCACUGGAGAACAUUGAAGUGCAAUGGAAGAAAAUCACAGACAGACAUGUGGAGGACAUCCACACAUACAGGCAGUUUGAUGGCAAAUCAACACAGAAAUACCCUGGGCGGACAUCAUUGCCAGCAGAUGGAUUUGCCACCGGCAAUGUGUCCCUUACACUGAAGAGCGUCCAGCCAGCAGAUGAAGGAACAUACCGCUGCCUCGUGAUGUCCAGGGACUGGAGCGCUGAUGCAGCCACUGUGCUCAACAUUGCAGGUACUGGUGAAGUUUUCAUUGAGAUGCUGGGCCCUCAAGGGCACGGGCUUGAGCUCGCCUGCAGAUCACAUGGAUGGUUCCCCAAACCUACUGUCCAGUGGGUUUCUCAGAAUAAGCACAGCCUGAAUCCGGACACUGAAAUAAAUCAGGACAGCCACCAACUCUUCAGUGUGCUGAGUCGAGUGGUGGUUACAGGAGAGGAAGUGGGAAAAGUCACCUGUCAAAUCCUGAACCCCCUGGUGCAGACUGAGAAGAAAACUACUGUGCAGCUCUCGAGUGCUGUUUUUCCACGUGCCUCUCCGUGGGUCCCUGCCUUCUGGAUACUCUUCACUUUAUUUCUUCUCACAUUGGCUGCUGGUGCUUUUCUGGUCUUUAGAGGUAAGGGACCUUUGUUAUCAGCCUCCCUGAAACCUGCCUGUGAGAGAGAGACAGUCCCUGAACAAGACAAAAGAGCUCAGACCUCCUUCCACCCCACGCUCGGCACUUGUGGGGGUGGACAUACCCACGCAGGGUGGGAGAUAUGACCCAAGUCCUGCGGAAGGUCUGCACUCAGGGAUCAAUGUGGUCACAGUCCCACCACUGUGCAAAGUGGCCUCUGUCUCAGCUGCC